GAAUCUUAGUUUUUAUCGUCUGCUGCUGUCGUCGUCACUGCAGUACUGCUCACGUACUGCUUCACAUUUUCAAAAGCAUAAUGGUUCUUUUUCUUUGAACUUUGUUUGUUAUAAAUAAAUGUCGUUACCAAAAUGGAUAAAGAACAAUUUGACAAUUUUCUCGGUGGCUCGCAAGAACUACCACAUGAGGCGAAUAUUCUUAAAAUUGCUUCAGCCAGAGCCAAUGAAAUCGCCGCUAUGACUAAUUCACUGGAAAAUCCUCAACAAACAAAGUUAAUUUUUCAAAAACUUCCUCGACACAUGCGUAGACGGAUAAUGUCGCACAAUGUCAAGCGGAUGCCUCGACGAUUAAGGGAAUCUCAUCGGAAUCAAAUGUUAAAAUCCGGAUUGCCAGCUGAGAAAAAUAAAGUCCCUUCUAGAAAGCAUCGUCGACGUCCAAGAAAUCUUCUUCUUGAAUACAAUCGUCGAAAACGAGACAAAUUCUGGCUUGAAACUCACAUUUGGCACGCAAAACGGUUUAAAAUGAUUGAAAAAUGGGGAUUUAAAGUAGCUGAGCAUCCAAAUGAUAAAUGUUUUAAGGCAAAUUAUAAAGCCGUAGCAUCUCAUUCGUUAAUUCAGGAUAUUUCUUACUAUACCUGUGUGGAAAUUUUGGGACCCUUGGAAAUUUUGAUAUCAUCCCUUCAAAAACACUGUGAUCCAUCUUUCAACUUUCGUGAGGAAUCUUUUCUUAAAGGCGAAAAAGAAAAGUCUAUUAUGUUCUACAAAAAAGACGAAUUUCCUUAUUUCCCCCUAGGAAAUAUCAAUUUCAUGUGGAAACCUGAACAUUCCAAUGAAAGUGUUACUUUCUCAACGAUUUGGCUUUGGAUCCAUCCGGGAAUUUACCAGGAAAUAUUUUACGAUCUCGUUUCCAAUUUUAAAUUUCAACUUAUAUCUCCUGCUGACUCUGAGGAGAUUUUUGAAGAGGAAAACUUUAAGGAUGUGAAUAAAAUGCCCUCUGCUUUUAAAAUACCAAAGGAAAUGAAACUGCCCGUUUUUAAAAAUGGAGGAGAAUGCAAGAUGACGAUACUUAGAAACUCGUUGAAUAGAUUUCGAAUCAGUGGUCCAUUGACUCUUUGUGCUUUAACAGAUGCUCUGAAAUUACCCAACAUCGGAAUUGAAUCGAACAUUGAAUCUAUUGACAAAUCGAUGAACGGAAAUGCUGAAGUAAUGCUAGAGUGCCAGGAAAAUGAUUGGAGCCGUCAUUAUUACUCCAAGCCGGAAAAUGUGAAAGCUUUCAAGGUUCAAAAAGGUAUUUUUGAAAAGCUGAAAACUCUCAAGUCGCCGAACCAAAUUCCCGACAGUUCAAUAAUUGCUUUGACCGUUUUGGACCCGCGCUUUUUCGCUCCAGAUAAAAGAACCAAGUCGCAUCUUAAAAUAGAAACUGAAGAUUUAUAUUUGGAGCAGGAAGAAAAUGUGCUUCCGGAACUUGUUAAUCACAGCGGCAUCUGGGAUGAUGAAAUCAGAAGCAACGUGACGCAGAAUUGCUUAGCGACGAGUCAAAUUAAUAAAAUGCGGCGAGAAGUUUUGAUCCCUGGAAUGGAAAACGAUGAAUGGUUUUCCGAGGAAAAAAUGCAAAAAAUUCCAAUUCUUCUUAUUCACAAACCCGGAAUUCGAAAUCCUGGCGGCGUUAUUUACAGGAGAAAUGGAUUUGCUUCUGGAUUCGAUGUAAUUAUACCGCAAAAUUGGGCUUUGUCAUUUUGGCUAUCAUUUAUUUUCCGUUGCGUAAGACCCGGAGGUCUCAGAGAAUCUCGAUCCUUAAUUUUUGAGACACUAAAUAUGUCAGCACCAGAUAUUUUUCAUCCUGGAACUCCAGCCUAUGAACGUGAAGCAAUACACCAGCAGCAACUACUCAAAGAUAAUUAUUUUAAAAAUCCACCAAAUCGACGAGUUAAUUUUACAAAAUUUGCAAUCACCACUCCCUUCCUUUGUGAAUGGGGAAUCCUGGCAAAAGAAUGGGGGGCUCAAGGAGAAUUUUCCACUCUCAGAGACAAAGAUCUACUUCAAAAUCUUAACGAUAAUCUUAUGCCGAGGAAGAGAAAGUCAUUUUUAAAGAUGAAAACAUGCUCGAAUAUUGAGCCUUUAUCGUUUAAAGUACAUAACAACUAUUUGGUGCCUGUUAAAGUAACCAUCGAACGGAAAGGUGUACCAGACGAUUUUUCCAUAAUUUGUCUACCGACAGAAGAUGAUCUCAAAACUUUCAAGAUGAACCGGAAGUGGUCGGGACCUAUGGAAAGACUUAAGUCUGACUCGAAAGAAAACGAAAGAUUAGAUUCAAGAAAGAAACACUUGGAGCUCUUAAAAAAGUUGAGAAAGCAAAGAGUGAGAAUGAAGAAACGAAUAUCAAGUAUGAGAAAUGAAAGUGAUGAAAGUGAUGAAGAGUUUAUAAAUAAGAUAGAAAUAAUUAGGAAAAAAUGUUUAAUAGGUAACAAGUCUAUUGUUGAGACUCAGGCACGGAAAAUGCAAGAACUAUGUCUCCCGAAGUGUAGUGGAGUACGCUUUUCUUGUGAUCGUCAAGUUAUAGGAUUUGUUGAGCAGGGCGGAUUUUGCAUUUCGGAGGCAAGAGGCGUUGGGCGAGGUUAUGUUGUUUUAAAAGCAUUAAACAAUUUAAUUAUUGAAAACACUAAUCUUGUUUUAAUUCGCAACACACAGACAAGAAAAUACAGACUUGCGAAUCUCCAAAUUUUGAUCAGCUGAAAAUGUAAUUUUUUCAUACGUAAUGAAAUAAAAUUUUUCACAACAA